AAGAACUUACGACUAGACGAAGAGUGUUGAUCCUUUCGGUCUAGGACUGUAGGGUUCCUAGAAAGAGAGUGCGUCACCAGACGGUACGUACGAGUUCUGCGUACCAUUCCCAUUCUCAGAUGGAAUCUGUUCGUUAAACUGGGUUCGAAGUGUGGAUAGAAUCGCUAGAUGGACUGUUGUCACAAUUGGUUAGGUUCGUAAGGAUAGGUUAAGUCGCCGAUGGAGUUGGCGAAGAUUCAAGGAUCCAGCAGGUUUUUGGUCUCCUUUUUCUAGAGGAAAGUUUGUUUUACUUAAAAUUUUUUAUCAUCAAUUGAAGCGUCAUAGUUUGGAAAAAAUUCUUCAGCCAUGGAGGAUCUGAAAAUAGUGAACAUAUCCGUGUGGGAAACAACGAAGCUACAUUUUCUGACUUUCGUUUUCGGUGUUUACUUAAUAGCAAAGAGGUUCAUCAAGUGGGCAUGGAACCCAAAUCAAUUCUUUGUGCUACAAGAACGAGACAAUCCGCCGUUAUGUUUGGUUGAUAACAGCUUGGGUAAACACUCCUACGUUAAGCUUAAGGGCAUCAAACUACACUACGUCGAAGCUGGUGACCGGGACAAACCGCUUUUGCUUCUUCUUCACGGAUUUCCCGACUGCUGGUUGUCCUGGAGAGAACAAAUUCCAGCGCUCGCCGAACACCACAGAGUCGUGGCUUUGGAUCUGAAGGGUUUUGGCGACAGCGAUAAACCAUCCAACAGAAAAGCCUACAGAAUCGAAACCUUACUGGAUGAACUAAAGCAACUAAUUAUAGCCCUAGGAGUAAAAAAUUGCAGCAUAAUUGGCCACGACUUAGGAGGACUUCUAGGAUGGUACAUGGCAGCUCUCCACGAGGAAUUAGUGUACAAAUUCGUCGCAAUCUCGAGUCCUCAUCCAAAUUUUUAUUGGCAGGGUUUUACCGGCGAGAGUAUCUUCAACGAUAAAUGGAUUCACUUUAGUCAGCUACCAUUUUUACCGGAGAUAGACGCUCUGAAAGAGGAUCUCUCGAUAAUAACCGAUACUUACAAGCAUCUACAGAUCAACCAGAAAGACAACGAGAAGAAUUACGUCGAGGCGUACAAAUAUUCGUUUAGCAGGAAAGAGGAUUGGACAGGAGCGAUAAAUUAUUAUCGCAGCUUGCCGUUCGCUCGUAUAAAUCCAAAUUCCUCGGAACAAAUCCUGACCCGAACGCUGCUCAUAAUAGGAAAUCAGGAUCCGAAAGUCUCGUUAGAAAACGUAAUAAAAAGCUCGGAGCACUGCGAGAAAUUUAGCCUGAAAGUGAUCUGCGAUGCGCAACAUUUUCCUCACCAAGAAAAACCGGAGAUCGUGAAUCAAACGAUUCUGAAAUUCUUGAUAGGCACACCGUCCAGCGUGGAGAAAACGCCACCUAAAAACAUCGUCUCAUCGUGGCUCGGCUCCAUUAGCAGCACAGUAAAGUACGGAAACCAGAUGAUCGAUGCUGUUCAUAAAAAAACAAACGGUAUGGUGAAUGGUUUGCCAGGUAAAAUACGAUACAUGGGACAAACGCCGUCUUGAUCAAACUCGCCUUCCGCUUGAUGAUCGACAAUCUUCUAUACCGGAUGGUUCGUAUGGUUGUAGUAGCAAAAGGGGACCAGAAAAGUGUCCGUAUUUUAUA